AUGUUUUCCCGGGCCACCAAGUCCAUUGUGAAAACCAUCGGGCAGCGAAAAUAUCACGCCGGUGAAGAGAACAUCAAGGUAUAUUAUAUAAAGAAUAAAUGUUUGAGCGUACGUAACACAGACCUAUGACGCAUUUGUGUCAAGAUCACUUUCUCAAUUUGAUGAUCUGCAGUUUAAAAAAUGAAAAAUAAUUUUUCAUGCUUUCGUUAGCUGGCGGUGAUUGGAGGCGCAGGAGAAAUAGGACGAUCUCUCUCGCAAAUGUUAAAACGAACCUCGAAGCUCGACGUACUAGCGCUGUAUGACGUUGCGGCGUUAAACAAACGAUUUUCAACACCGAUCAAAUUGAACUAUUUUAGCAACGGGAAAACUACAAACCUUUCGGGGGACCACGCGUGCGCUAGAGAUCUGCAAGGUCCUCGAGUUCUCGCUGAAAUGGGGCCCGCUUCAUACCCGCACAGUGGUCGCAUCGUUACCGAGAUUUAUAGACAAUUUCCCGAUUUCGCGAUCCACCUGAACAAGGCUCGUUCUAACAACGACGACGUCGCACCCACGCGACGAUGGUACUCGAACGUCGUGUUAUCGCUCGACGUUCAAAGUAAAUUAGACCAGGAAGCAGCACCGAUCGCCGAUUUCGAGAUCCCGUAUUUCGAGGAAGCUUCGUCAAGAAACGCGGAGAACAUUGCCGCGACGGUGAAGAGUAACUCGAUGGCGGAGAAAACGGACAGGAAGAACCGUACGAGAAGAAAGGACGCGAGACAACUAAAGAUAACGUCGUCGGAGCAAACAGUGAAGAGGAGAUUGCUGAAAGACACCGAGAAUCGAACGCAGACGAUGCAGAAAUCCGACAAAACGCAGAGGAGGAACGAAGCGAGAAGGUGCAACGAAUCGAAGAUCGUGGAGAGAACGAUGAUUAAAAUCGACGCGCGAUCGCGUAACACAGGCAAGUCGAAGAACUGGACGAUUCCAGCCGCGUUGUCGGACAAGAAGCCUAAGAAGCUGUACGGUCUGGUUCGACAGAGACGCAAACCUCUCACGAGCUUCUUCUACAGAUUCUUCGACAUUCAGAGCGGCGAACCGGUGGACGAUUGUUGCAGCAGCAAGAUCGACAGGCUUAACACCGCUGCGAAUCAAAAGCUAGUCAAGGAAUCAAAUAUCGAGGACAAGUCUCGCGAGAAGAGAUCGAACGUCUCGACUUCGGUAAGCGAUUUGACUGCUGAUUUGCCAGAAGGAGUUACGAGUACGGAUAACGCGAAACGUCUCGGGCAAACGGAGAACUCGAUGACGACCGAACGAUCGGGCGAAAAUUGUGGCUGCGAGGUAAACGAGGACAGGGCAACGACGUCGAGUCACAGCGAGUCGGAGAACGACACGAGCGAAGGGAGCGAGUCGCAGACGAGCGAAAAAGCGCGAAAGAUGUCGCCUGAAAUCGCCCUGUUUCUGGAAAACCUGAAUCUCAACAGACGAAGAUCGCGGUCGGUGUCGAGUCUAACAUCGUACAAUCUCGAGUUCCUGUUCACCAACUUGGAGCCGACGAUCCCAAUUUCGAACCAGCCCGGUGCCGCUUCUUUCUUCUUCUCGUCCAGCAACAACGACUGCAAGCCCUCGAUAAAAGAGAAACUACUGAGGAAAGCGUUCGGCAAAAUGAAGGACAGAAGGAAGGAUGAAAUUUGCAAGCGGAGGGAAUGCGAAACGGAGGAAGCGAGCAAGAGCUGCGGCAAGAAGAGAGAGGAGGCGCCAUCGUGCGGGAAACGGGACAAGAAGAAACAGCCAAGAUGUGGCGAGUCCGACGAAGAUCCCUGCAAACCGUACAGAUCGGAGGAAAGGCAUGGGCCAACGUGCAAGAAGUACGAGGAGGAGCCAAUGACGUACGAUCCCUGCGACAAGUUCUGGGACGAUAGCAUCCACGGGCCACGGUGCAAGAAGCCACGGAAGAAGAAGACUGACACGUGUUACCAGAAAAAGGAGAAGAGCUGCGACACGAAGACGAGGAAGAAGUCGAAGAAAUGUGAGAAAAGCAAGUGCCCGUCGGUGACUCGGGCACCAGGAUGUUCUCAGGAUGGACGAGCACCGAUUCGCUCGGAAUCAGGCAAUCGAUCGCGCUAGCUUCGGACCGAAGGAACAGGGGCCCUUUGUUGAUCACCUCCAACUCGAUCUCCAACCACACCACGAAAAACCAAAUUCUCGACGAUCUCACCGACUUGUGUCGCGGUACCGUCUACUUCGAUUACGAUAGGAUCCGCAACGAUGACUAUUUCCCCCAAGGCGAGGAGUACGAGGACGAAAUCGGUUUGGAUUAUGAUCAACUACAAAAUGAACUUCCCAAUAAACGAGUUACCAGAGACGAAGACAUGGAUUUGUGA